AUUCUUGCGAUAUUUAAUGACAUUUAGUAGCCGUCAGCAAUCAGUUAUUACAAACUUAUCCAUUAAAAAACGCAAUAUUAGCUCAAAAUACUGUAUUACUAGCAGCAAUUGCUAUAUAAAUACUAACUCAAAUUUCAAAACUAGGAACCAAAAUGGCGGAAAUUGAUUAGGUGAUCAAUAUUGCCCAAUCAGCGUAAGCUAAACGGACAACAAUAGAUGUCCCAACUCUUACUAAUAGAGGGCUCUGGAGUAGCCCCAGUGUUUGACUUUAUACUGUGUAAUAAUUUCGAAGUUGCCUUCCAUCUAGGAGAAAUACAAUCCAACUUUGACUUUAGGAGGAGCAUUCUACCGGAUAAACUCAGAGGGCUUGCGGUUUCAACGCUCGAAGUGCAUCUGUCACCAAAAUUUCUGGAUCUGCCUCAGAAAUCAGAACAAAAAAGAUUAUUAACUUUUCUACUAGUGGUGACCCACUAAAUUCGCCAAUAAAAAAAGAAAGAAUGUCUGACUUUUUUGACUAAACAACUUGAAACCCACAGAAGUAAUUUAGAACGUCAUGGUCAAUAUCAUAAUGGGAAAAAACUUCAAGAAAACUUUUCCUUGGCUCAUUUUCAUCACAAUUCUUUGUAUUUGUCUAAAAGUUGGCAAAUGGAAACAGAACACAUAUGUUGUGAAGUCGUUCCAUGAAACGUGUAAGAGCAGCAAUUCAAGCAGUAUAAAAAUUCAAGUCAAAUCAAAUCACCAAAAUAAACGUUUUAUCUACUUAAUACAAACAGAGUCUUGUUUACUGGACAAUCUUCUUAACCCACAAAUGUUUGGACAUAAAGCAGAGCAUGAUGUCCUUGUGCUGUCUUGGAAAAGCAUGUGUUCUGCAACUCAAUUCUCCACACCUAGUUACAACAUUAGCUACAUUUUUAGGCCUGGUACAACUUGGAGUUCUGGAAGGAACAUUCUGUACGAGUUGGCAAUGAAUUCUUCACAAUCCUACCUCUAUUAUAUUUUCUUGGAUGGAGAUUUAUCAUACCAUUUCUCAAAUUCCGAUUUUGAAAAGACGUAUCGUCAGUGUAAUACGUCAUUGGAAAUGUUUGAGUAUUUUCUUUUGAAAUACGAGCCUGCAAUUGGAGUGCCUUUUUACUGCCCACGUCCAACAAUACAAGGCCAGCCGUUAUGUUAUUAUGAUUAUAAAAUUUUUCCUUUCCGUGAAGUAAUACCUGUUUCAAUUUAUUUCGACGCUGCUUUUAAUGCUUUUCACAAGGACGCCAUAAAAUCCAUACUUCCCUAUCGAUUAAUAUACGAAAAGGAGAGUUGGUGGGAAAGUCAAAAAUUUGUGAUUCUUGCCGCUGAUAUAAUAUUUCGUGGACAAGUACUGACAAUUCUUCCAGUUGCUACUGCAAAUAUAAUGCACAGGAAAUACCCCAGAGACAGUAGAGAUAAUUGGAACGACAUUUAUGACAUGUUGCUAAAGGAAACGCCAAAAGAAUAUCGUAUAAUUAAGGAAUUCAAGCCUUCAUAUACAACUGUGAGCACUGACCCUGUUGUAAGAAAUGACACCGUCUAUACGCCAUAUAUGCACGUGGAAAUUCCUAAAGGACGAAUUAAUGUUGAACCGUACAAACGAUUUAAACAUUGAAACAGUAUUUCACAUUAAGUGGUUAUUUCUUAACAUGUCUUUCUUCCUUAAAAAUUAGUACUGAUGAUGAAAAUAUGAAAGAAAAAUAUGAAAAAUGUAGUUAAGCUUGUAGUCUAUAUAGCUAAUUGAUUUGUGUUUAUUAAUCUGAAUUUAAUCUGUAAUCUAUUAAAACAGUCGUCUUCU